AUGCCUUUUCCGUUGCCAUCCAUAUCCUACCCACCCUCUAGGGACGGGUUUUGGAAUCCUGUCACAGCAACCAUCAACUGGUGCGAGGAGGACUACUAUGUCACACCGUACGUGGCCGAGUUUGUCAACACUUUCACAAAUGCGAUAUUCGUCUAUCUGGCGUUAGUUGGAAUUUCCAGCUGCAUUAGAAAUAACCAUCCUCGAGUAUUUCUGGUGGCAUACGUCGGGUACAUGACCAUCGGUAUCGCAAGCGUGGUCUACCAUACCUCAUUGAAGUACUGGAUGCAGCUGUUUGAUGAGCUGUCAAUGAUAUACACCACAUGCAUCCUCUUCUAUGCGGUAUUUUCUCACGGAAAAUCCUUGUUUGGCCAGGCUCUUCUGGGCACCUUCAUCACUGGCUUGGCCAUUUUCAUCACAGUGUACUACCACUACCUCGGAGAUCCCGUCUUCCACCAAGUCAUGUUCGGAAUACUCACAGCCACUGUUGUGUUUCGAAGCAUGUACAUCAUGGAGAAGAUACUCCGGCCCAAGUCUACACCUCAGAGCAAGGCUGCGCUUCUCGACACGCAACUCCUCAAGAAAAUGUGGACAUUGAUCACUUGCGGUCUUGUUUCCAUAGCCAUUGGAUUUCUGGCUUGGAACCUUGACAACAUUUUCUGUUCGCAUCUUCGACAUUGGAGACGAGAACUCGGACUCCCCUGGGGCGUUCUCCUCGAGGGCCACGGAUGGUGGCACCUAUUCACCGCGCCACUGAUAUGGCUACACUCAGACGACCCAUUCCGCCCGGCAGAUAUACUCGAACAUGUCCGCCAUACCACGCCGAUGGUGCACAUGGAGCCCAUCAGAGGACUGCCACAACUCGAUCUCGAUAAUUUGGCUAUGCUAAACGACUACUGGAACAACGGCCCAGUUUCGCUAACUGCCAACGGCGACAUCACCAGUCUUCCUACCUGGCUCUUUGGAGAGAUGCCAGAUGAGACGGGCAAACUCCACAAUGCCACCUCUUGCGUUGUGAUCACCGUCGAUAAGGGCUCAGGAGAUCUAGAUGCCUUUUACUUCUACUUCUACUCGUACGAUCAAGGGGCAAACAUCACUCAGGUUCUACCACCUAUGAAUGGGUUGAUAGAAGACACUGAGCAUGGCAUGCACUUUGGCGAUCAUAUUGGUGAUUGGGAGCACAAUAUGAUUCGGUUCCACGACGGGAAACCUACCGGUAUCUAUUACAGUCAACACUCUUCGGGCUCUGCCUACAAGUGGGAUGAUAAGGACCUAUCAGUGGAAGAUGGUCGGCCUAUAGUUUACAGCGCAUGGGGUUCUCACGCGAACUGGGCAUCUCCUGGGUGA